UAAGGACAACUACAAAUAAUAGAAUCAACUAUACCAUUCACACAAAACCCAAGAAUGGAAGCUCCAAUUUUCACAAAACUCAUAUAUUUCUUCACUAUUUUUCUUACGUUUUUAUUUAUAAUCACAUCUGUAACAGGCCAAUCACCAUGCAAUGGUACAAUAGCUGAGUGUAACGAAGAGUUGGAGAUAUUAAUGGAGUCUGAUAUUAGUAGAAGAUUUCUUGAAGAAAGAAAAAAAUAUAUUUCUCCUGGAGCUUUGAAAAGAGAUCAACCGGUUUGUAACGGCGGCGGUGGCGGCGAACCGUAUUCCCGAAGCUGCCUUCCGCCGCCGUCGAAUCCGUAUAAUAGAGGUUGUUCUAAGUAUUAUCGUUGUAGAGGUGAUCAAUGAUAUAUGAAAAAAGGGUGAUUCUGAAUUUUAUGUUUGUUUCUUCUUUCUACUUAUGAUGUUGUGUUCAUGUGGUUGUGAUUUGUGGAUGAAAUUGUUUCUUUCAAUGCUAGCUAUUGAUGUUAAUUUUUUUAUAUUUAUAACUAUGACGUCCGGAUUAGCUUGCACGACCUAGCUAUUAAUAUUAAUGUUGAUA